GUCAUGUGGUUCUCUUACAUUUUUUAAAAAGCAGGAAGAGCCACAGUGAAGAGGCGUAGUCCUAGGCACACAAAGGUAAUAUGAGACGGAGAGGCUGAAAAGAGAGGCAGAGAAAGAGGAGAAGGAGAUAAGUUUGUCUGUUCAGAGAAGCAACUGUAGAAAUCUCUCCAACUUCAGCAUAAUGAGUCCAGCUUUUGUGAUAGAGAUCAAAAAGAUCUCUUGAUGGUUCUCAGAGAUGGUUUACGUCCUUUACAAAAAUAGCAAGCACUGACUGGUGAGCACAAUGGAACCGAGGACCUGGAUUGAGCCUGUUGUUGCUGCUGCUCAGCUUGCCAGUGCUUUCUUUGACACAGGGCUACUGCUGGUGGUGAAGAACUACUAUAACCAGACCAACUCCUCUUCCUUGGCCUCUUCAGACCGUGACAGUGAGGCAGGACAACAGAAAGCCAUCUCCAACUUUUACAUCAUCUACAAGCUGGUGGAUGGUUUAACUCCACUCUUGUCAGCUUAUGGCCUAGCAAAACUGGGCGAUCUGAAGAACAGGAAGAUUUCCAUCUGUGUGCCUCUGGCUGGCUAUUUGCUGUCUCGGAUCCUUCUGCUCCUCUUGAUCCUCUUGGAGUGGCCCGUUGAGGUGAUGUAUGGAGCUGCCAUCUUGCAUGGUCUGACUGGGGGCUACACCACUUACUGGGCAAGUGUCAUGGCCCUGGGAUCCCAGCGCUCCUCUGAGAGCAGGAGAUCAUUGCGCCUCAUUGUUAUCGAACUCAUCUAUGGCAUUGCUGGUUUUGUAGGCAGCGUUGCAUCUGGGCAUCUCUUUGUCAGCUUCCACCUUACUUACCAGCAUGGCACAGUCUUGGUGUCUUCCAGCGUUGCCUUAUAUGCUUUCUGCCUCAUCUACAGUCUCUUUGUCCUCAGAGUGCCCAAACCUAGAAGUUCUCCCCCAGCUUCUCCUUCUUUGAACAUAGACCAUUCUGAGAGCAAGUUGGCCGAUGAAGAAGAUUCCAUCUUCCAUAAAACGAAAGGGCCUUUCAUGAUGGUCCCUUCCAAGCUCAUCAUAGUCAUGCUUUUCAUGGGAGCCAUCAUGUAUGACGUAGCUGUUGCAGGAGCUAUGGAUGUUCUGCCCCUCUUUCUGCUCAAGGAACCCCUCAGCUGGGGACCAGAAUAUAUUGGCUAUGCCAAUGCUGCUGGCUACUUGAUCUUCAUCACCAGUUUCCUGGGAGUCUUAGUUUUCUCCAAGUUUUUAAAAGACACCACCAUGAUCAUGAUGGGUAUUGUGUCCUUCUCAGCAGGCAUCCUUAUCAUGGCCUUUGUGCGACAGACGUAUCUGUUUUACAUUGCUCGUGCAGUGAUGCUGUUUGCCCUCAUUCCUCUGACAACCAUCAGGUCUUUGUUAUCCAAACAGGUCGAAGGAUCAUCUUAUGGAAAGGUGUUUGUUCUCCUGCAGCUCUCACUGGUGAUCACAGGUGCUGUGACUUUAACAGCCUAUAAUAAAAUCUACCAAAAUACGCUGAGCUGGUUCAGUGGAUUCUGCUUCUUAUUAUCAUGUGGUGUCGGCUGCCUAAGCCUUAUCCCUAUCAGUGUUGUAGCGUGCAAGCAACGCCGAUCCUCUGGUUCACUGGAGAUUUUAACUGACUGAGAGCUGCAAGGGGCUGUCCCUUCUUCAGACACAAAGACACGUGGCGUGGAGUCACUACCAAUGCCAAGCAGUCUGGAGCUCUUGACUGCACAAAAGAAAAUGGAGGAAUCUUGUCCUGUGACACAGAUUUUAGAAACUGACUAUGGUACGAUCUCAUGUGCUUGUGAUGACACAAGAAAAGGACAAGGAAGUAGGCAUAGCGAUCAGUAUUUACAGAUGAAAGUUUGGCCUUGCUUCUGCUUUUUCUUUGGCCCAGAGUUGUUUUCAAGAAUCAUUUUGCCCAGAUUUGGUUCCAGAGUCUGGAAAAAUUCUUGCUAAAAGUAGCUCAUUGCUCAGCACCUUUGGAACACAGCUCAUUUGUCACAUUACUAUCUGGAAGUACACUACUUUUAGGUACAGUGCCACCCCCUUAUUUAAGGGGAACAUGUUCCCGGACCUAACAUGGAAUCUUGAAACUGAAGAUAAUUGCAAACUCUCUUGAAAUAAACAACUUCUGAUGGAA